CUUCUUUCCUUUUUAUUUUAUAGACGUAGACAUAUACAUUCCAUCAAUGCCUGCACUUGACCUUCGUGGUUGUUUAGAGGAUUCUCCUACAUUUAGAAAACGCGUUAACUCCCAUGAAGAAUCCUUAUCAAAUUUUGAAACAUCUUUAAAGAUGUUGAUCAAACUCACUCGGUCUCAAAUGGAACUAUCAAGUUCUUAUAGUCAACAUCAACAGGAACUUGCACGUGAGUUCACUACCUUUGCUCAUUCACAGGAUGACCCUAUUGUUGCUUAUGCUCUUGAAAAGUUUGGAAAAUCUAUGUUUGAAGUUGAAAAAUGCAGAUCUAUGUUUAAUGCUCAUGUUGCCGAUACCUUUAUUCAUCCUCUGGAAACGUUUGUCAAAGAUAUUAUUUAUCCUAUUAAAGAUUUGAAAAGGCGAUUUGAAAAAGCUAGUGAUGAAGCUGAUACAGCAUUAGCAAAAUAUAUGGCCAAAAAACCAAAAGAUCCGACUCUGGGCGAGGCUGCUAGAGAAUUAGGUGAUGCUAGAAAGGUUUUUCAUCAACUCUAUUUGGAAUAUGUCUCCAAUCUGAAUUCUAUUGAAGCGAAAAAGAAAGUGGACUAUAUGGAAAACGUAAGUGGAAAUUUAGGAUAACAUUGAACCUAGUAAGGUAUAAAUACCCUCAUGGUCUUUUUUUUUUCCUUUUUUUUUUUUGAUCUUAUUAUAGGUGAUGGCCUACAUCUAUACAGAAUCUGUUUUUCAUCAUCAAAGUUAUGAAAUAUUGAAAGAUCUCGAACCUUAUAUGCGCGAUCUCACUGGAUUACUUCAUGACGUAUGUUAUAUUACCAACUUACACAACACUCAUCACUAACAAAUAAAAACACAUGUAUCAUCUUUUAUCAAUAUAUUAGUCAAGACAAAGGCACUCAGAAGA